AUGGGUGCACGGCUGGUUUUGCCCGAUGUUGGCUCGAUCUUAGAGGAGUUGAGAGCUAGACUGAUUUUUCUUCAACAGAUUUUUGAUGGCCAGAAAGCUGAUAAAGAGUUACAAGCUAAAAGAGUUCAAUGUGAGUCUAGCAGCAAACCAGAUUUUCAAAAUGAUUUCGAUGGUUGCUUGAGGUUCCGUGGUAGGAUCUAUGUUUCGGACAACGCCGAGUUGAUUCAGAAUAUUUUGCAUGAGGCGCAUAGCGGUUGUUUGUCAGUUCACCCGGGGUUGCUUCCGCCUAUCAUAGUUCCCGAUUGGAAAUGGGAUCGUAUUACUAUAAACUCUAUAACAGGGUUGCCAUUGACAUCAAAGAAGAAAGAUAUUGUUUAG